AUGGCCCCAAAACCAGCACCAGCAGAUCCCGCGGCGCCUGAUCCUCAGCUGCAGUUCAUCUUCAGUGCCCUCAAGCAUUCGGAGAGCCUCAAGAUCAACUGGGAGGAGGUGGCUAAAGAAAAUGGCAUCGGAUACGCUCGCAAUGCAGCCUCAAAGUUCAAGAAUUUCGUCGAAAAGCAGGGCCUCAAGUAUGAGAACAACGCGAUUCGCUCGGCUGGAGAUGUGACUACGUCCACAACCCCCAAAAACACCCCAUCCCGCAAACGCAAGGUCAAGGGAGAAGACGACAGCGAAGACCAGACUCCUACGAAGCGCAAGGGAAAGGCUACGGCAGCUCUCAAGAAUGAGAAAGGCGAGGAUGAUGAGGUCAAGGACGAAGACACCACCGAGCAGCCUGUCAAGGCAGAAGAAGCCAAGGCAGAAGAAGCCAAGGCAGAAGUCAAGGACGAGAACUAA